AUCAACUUGUCGAAUGACCGAGAACGAUCUCGACAAAAACAAGAACGAGUUACCGUACUUCGUAACCGGAAGUAUACGUAGAUCUUAGAUUUUGGAGAAACAAACUGCGUUGAUAUGAUAUUGGGCUGCAAAAUGAGGAACAUGACGUUAUGUUUAUUCUGUGUCCAUUUACUCGUUACAGUAGCAUUUGCAGCAUUUGGGAGCAACAGUGACAAAAUUCUUUUAAGAGACAUUCAAACUCUUACUCUAAAAAAUGGAAUGAUGACCAAUGCCAGGCGAUCAUCAGCUGUUCCACAGUUGAAAUGUAUUGGGGGAACUGCUGGAUGCAGUGCCUUUAAGCCUCAAGUUGUCCAGUGCUACAACAGAGGGUCUGAUGGCUAUGAUGUACAGUGGGAGUGUAAGACUGACAUGGACAAUGCUUACCGCUUUGGUACAGUAGAAGUGACCUGUGAAGGGUACGGAUACCCUGACGAUCCGUACGUUCUGAGAGGUUCCUGUGGGUUGGAGUACACAAUAGAUUUGACAAAGGAAGGAUACCAACAGCAGAAAAGUGGAGGACAUGACUAUUACGGUGGCCAGACUUACAGCUCUCCAUACAGCAGUCAUCAAACCUAUGGAGCCAGACAAAAGAUAGGGUCCAUUUUUAGUGACUUGUUCACUUUGGGAUUUGUGGCUUUGAUUAUCUAUGUGAUCUACAAGACCUGCAUCUCGGCCCAGACAGGCUAUGCUGCAAACAAUGGAUACAGACCCACAGGGAGUGGGUACCAACCCCCUCCCCCUGGAUUCAGAGAUGAAUACACCCAACCAGGCUGUGGAUCUGCAUACUCCUCAGGCACCGCUUAUCCAGGUGGUGUUGCAGGUGGCACUGGUGGAGGAUUCUGGUCUGGAGCCUUUACUGGUGGAAUUCUGGGAUACAUGCUUGGAAACAACAGAAAUGAUUACUACACCCCAGGAUAUACUAGGCCGUACAACACUGGGUGGGGCUGGAAUACAGGGAGGACCUCUCCAGGAUGGUUCAGCUCGGGGUCCGGGUCAGGGUUUGGGGGCGGCAUGGCAAGCACUGGCACUCGUACUGCCUCAGGAUUUGGAGGGACAAAAAGAAGAUAGACCAGUUGUCUGAUCCAUGUCCAAAGAGGAACUCAGCAGCUUUAUUAAUAUGAAUCUGUAAAGAGUGAAAGGAGAAAUUGAUUUUUGACUGUGAUAAAGAAAGAUUUUUAUUAGGAAUUGUCUUGUAUCGGUAAAGUACAAAAUAACCAGUGAGUAUGUUUAUAAUACCGGUAUGUUUGUUAUCCAUAAAUUUUGUAUUUAGUGUACGUUUUCUUGUGAAUGUUAGUUGGAGUUGUGUCUCAUUCAAAUGGAUGUACAAAGACUCGCAAAGCUGUGCAAUUUGUAUGUAUGUGUGAUAUAUAAUUUUUCAUUUAUUUUUUUUUUCUUUUCCGGUCUUUUUUCAGACAUUUUCAGUUACCUGUUCAUGUACAUGUACUGAUAAGUUUAAUUAAAGCAAAUUGAGCUGUGAUUUUCAUGUUGGAAAUUUUUAUUUUAUUAUUUCCUACCUUUUUUCUUAAAGAUAAAAAUUAUAUGAUUAAUAUACUUUUGUUAAUAAUAUUUUUGUGAGGAAAGCUAUUUAGAGGCCUUGAUUGAAGCUACUGGUAAAUAAUGUACAUUAUUGUCCUCCAGUACAAAAAAUGGUUAACUUUAUAUAUUACCGGUACUUAUUUGAGAAAUCUUUCUUGUGAUAAAAUCUAAUGAUUUAUUUGAGUCUUAAUUAUUUUUUUAUGAAGGUAAGUUACAUGCAUAUAGAAGGUUUUUGCAACAAAGUAAUAUUUUGAAAAUGACAGCUCAUAUUGCAUUUACAGUAUUCUAACUUUUAUUUGGUUUUGUUUGUUUGUUUUUUUUUGGGGGGGGGGGGGGGGGUGAACAUAAUUGUAUAUUAUGUGCAUGGAGCAUUUAGAAUUUUGGCAAGUAUUUACUGUCUUCAUUAGUGAAGCAGUAACAAGACAAAAUUGUCAAUAUUAACAGGGUAUACAUGUAUUGCUGUCUUUUGUGGUCAAGGAAUUGACUGUGGUCUUUGCCAUUUUCAUUUCAUGUUGUUGAAUGAUUGUUACUACUUGUAUUUUCAAUUUAAUAAAUUUUCUUUAACUAUACCAAAAGA